AAUAUGUAACACUGCGUAACUUAUUUUUGUAAGCUUUAUCAUAAUUAUUAUCACAACAGAUCGAUAUCAUAACUAUUUCUUUAAUAAAGAUCAGUUUUUGAUAAUAGCUGACAUAAUUAACAAUUAAGAUAUUUUGUCUACUUCGUAAAGUAUUAUUUUGUCAAUCAUAAUGAAUAAACGUCGCUCAUCAUCUAAAGAAAAGGAUCCAGUAGUUUUGAGCUAUGAAAAUUUUCUUUUGCAUGAAUCUGAUGUCCGUUUACUUUUAGAUGAUCAAUGGUUAAAUGAUUCUAUACUAGGAUUUUACAUGGAAUAUUUAAAUACUGAUGUAUUUAAAAAUAAUCCUAAAGUAUAUUUUGUUAGCCCUGAAAUUGUGCAGUGUAUUAAAGAAUGUAAUGUUGAUGAUAUAGCUGUGUUUUUAGAUCCUUUAGUGAAGGAUAAAAAAUAUUCAUUCAUAUUUUUUCCUUUAAACGAUCAAGAACAAUUGCAAUCAGUUGGAGGUACACACUGGUCUUUAGUAGUGUAUGGAACACAAGAUAAACGACUGUUCCAUAUGGACUCUAUAUGGGAUUCAAAUGAAAAGCAAGCUAGAAAAUUGGCAUUGAAAUUAAAAUUUUAUUUUAAAGAUAUAAUAGAUAUCAUAACACCUUUGCCAACUAGACAACAAGAAAAUAGUUUUGAUUGUGGAAUUCAUUUGAUAUGCAAUGCUGAGAAUGUUGCUCAUUACGUAUGUGCAAAUUUAGAUAUUCGAGAUGUUGACCCAAUUGAUGUAGAAGAUCUAAAAAAUAAACGUAGUGAUUUAGUUAAGUUAAUAUAUAAAUUAGCUAGACGAAAAGAAUCAACUUAGUAUAUAAUAAUUUAAAUUGUAUACAAAUAAUGAUUUUUGUUCCUACAAGGUUGCUUAUUAAUUAAUACUUUUUAACUUAUAUUUUAAUGUAUAGAACUAUAUUUUUUAAGAAAAACUGAAAAAAAUUCUUUUUAAUUAACACCAGCAGAUCUAUAAAUUAUAUAAUACUAAACCUAGUUGUAAUUUUUGAUUCACAUAAUACUAAAAAAAAAUUAUGCUAUUAUAAAUGGAUGAUAAUUUUUUCACACUUAAAUCUGUAAAAAACUAUUUAUUUUUAGUGUUUUUGACGUUUUUUUGUUUGAGUUUAUUUAAAAAAAAGUACUAUACAUUUUUAAUGUGUCAUUUAUAUUAUAAAUAUAAUUAUGUAUAUUGGCUCAGUACACGCAAAAAAUUCAAAUUAUUAAUUGGAUUACUAGAGGAUAAAAAUAAUUUAAAAAGUCUUCAUCUAAAAAGAUAAUUUUUAUUUUUUGUUUUAUGUUGUAACAUACUCAAUGUAUUCUUGUAUUUGUUAAUUUUAUUAAAUUAAUUAUAUUGCUAGAGAUUGUUA